GUUUAACACAGUGUGUUUGUUGAAGUGUGUCAUCAGUAGAUCAGUAUGGAGUUCAGGUCUCUUCUUCUAGUGCUCUUGAUGAUUUUACAGAUCCACUCUGAACAAGCUGCAGAAAGACUGAAAGCUCGAGUGUCUGUUUGGCCUGAUGGACGAUUAUUCAGAGAAGAAACUGUCACUCUCACAUGUGACAUCAAUGGAGGAGGAGUCAACUGGCUGUACAGCUGGUAUAAAGAUUCAAACUAUAACACUGUCAGUUAUCAAGAGAAAUACACAAUCAGUUCUGUUAGUGAGUCUCACGCAGGUCUAUACACCUGUGGAGGAAAAGAGAUCAGAGGAUCACGAUCAUCAGACACCAGUGAUGCAGUUACACUGACAGUAUCAGAUAUUCCCAAACCAACUUUUAAUGUGCAGCCACAGUCUGUGUUCACUGGAGACUCAGUUACUCUGACCUGUGAGGUGCAUCAGUCCACUGGAUGGGAGUUUCUCUUUUACACACCCUCACAGCACGGAAACUAUGAAGCUUCAGGAACUAAAACAAUCAGAGUCUCUGAUGGAGUACAAUACUGGUGCAUUGCCAGGAGAAGAAACUAUUACACAUAUAACAGUGACCCCAUAACAGUGACAGUAGAGAAAAGACCGAAACCUCAAGUGUCUGUUUGGCCUGAUGGACAUUUAUUCAGAGGAGAAACUGUCACUCUCACAUGUGACAUCAGUGGAGGAGGAGUCACUAACUGGCAGUACAGCUGGAAUAAGACAAGACAUAGUCAGCUCACACAAUACGAUAACAGUAAUCUACAGUAUUACACAAUCAGUUCUGUUAGUGAGUCUGACGCAGGUCAAUACACCUGUAGAGGAACAGAGAUCAGAGGAUCACGAUCAUCAGACACCAGUGAUGCAGUUACACUGACAGUAUCAGGUGUUUCUUCUUCAGUGUCUCUGAUCAUCAGACCCAACAGAACUCAACACUUCUCAUCUGAAUCUCUCUCUCUGAGCUGUGAGGAUCACAGGAACUCUACUGGAUGGACAGUGAGAAGAUACACAAACACACUGGAAACUUGUUCAUCAUCAUCAGUCAGAUCUACAGGAACAGAAUCUACAUGUACAAUCAGAUCUCUCAUCACAUCUGACACUGGAGUGUACUGGUGUGAGUCUGAAUCUGGACACAAACUUCAUCCUGUUAAUAUCUCAAUACACAAUGGUGAUGUGAUUCUGGACAGUCCUGUUCAUCCUGUGACUGAAGGAGAUUCUCUGACUCUUCACUGUUUAUAUCAAGAUAAAAUCCCAUCAAACCUCAGAGCUGAAUUCUAUAAAGAUGGAUCAGUGGUGCAGAAUCAGACUACAGGAGACAUGAUGAUCAUCUCUACAGUCUCAAAGUCACAUGAGGGUUUCUACUACUGUAAACACCCAGAGAGAGGAGAGUCUCCAAAGAGCUGGAUCUCAGUCACAGGUUUUCAGGAGGAGAUGUCUGGUCUCAAGAUUCUCAGUUUUCUGUUGGCAGUUUGUCCAUAUCUGAUAGUGACAGUCGUGCUGGUGUUCAAAUGCCACAGAUUGAGAGAUGAAACAUCUGAUUCAUCAGAUCACAUGAAAAAGUAACACAUAAAAACGACAUCUUAAUAUAUAAGAAUAACAAUGAAUGAUUCUAUAUUUUAAAAACCUUUUCAGUGUUUCAGAUGUUGCUUCUGGAUGUGAUGAUGUGACAUAUGAUUAAAUAUAAAUAAAUGUACUGAUGUGAUCUCAGAUUAAAUCAAAGACCAGAGGAGAAACACACACCAGUUCAUUUACUAAUACUUACUAUUAACAACUCAAAGCUUUAUGGCCUCACAGACAGUAAAUGUUUUUAAUCUCCAUUUUCUUUUAUUAAUAGACUUUGGGUCAUUAUUACUAUUGCAUUGAUUUUAUUGAGUUUAUUGUUGUGAUUUAUGUUUGAACUUUUAAUACUUUGUUUUCAACUAUUCAUGAGCUCAGGGACAGAAGGCAACAUUUAAUCAAAUGUAAAAUUUGCAAGCAUAAAUGUAGUGUUUUUCUGGUGUUAUGAGUCUUGUGUAAAUACUUUUAUAUCAUUGAUGUGCUGCUGUAAAAAGUCUUAUCAUUAAAUUCACCUUUUUAUGUGGCAUUGAAAGAGAAAGAAAGUGAGAGAUGUUUUGCUUCAGAUCUGAUAUGUCAGUGGACUUUUAAAAGGUUUGGGUUAAGAGGUAAUAUAUAAUCAAAUCAUUGUGUUAAUGUAAUUUACUGUGUCCCAUUCCCAAAGAUCUGUGUGAUUCCUAAGAGAUAUACAAAAUGUGUUUAUUUUCAUCUAACAACAGGUUGUACCCAAGGUGCAUUUGACAAAAUCUUAACACUUUUAGUUUCAUUCACAAAAUAUUUCAUUGGUGUUAAUUAUUACUGAAGAUUAUUUGAUUUAAAUAUGAGUGAACUUUGUUAUACUGCAGACUAUAUGCAAUAGUUAUGUGACUCUGUUAAGAAAAAUAGGUUUAGAAGCAUCAUUUACACAAUUUUACUAUUUUGUUUUGUAAAGUACACAAUGUUGUUUUAAAUACUCUGUUAGAAGUUGUUUGUGUUGUGCAAAUAUUUUAUGUACAAAUCUAUACUCUUAAGUCACAGAUUUUAAGAUUAUGUUUUGUUUUUUGUAGCUCUAGCCUCAAACGUUUCUUAUAGUCACAUUACUUGAGUUUAUUCUCACAUUUAACUUUCUGAGAAUAAAUGUAAAAUUGAACAUCAACAAUAUUUGUAGUUUCCCUUUAACCUAUCAACUUCAAAUGUUCAGUUGUAGAGAUAAUGCAGAAGCAAUAACUGCAUGAAUAAGAUACACACAUUUUAUUUGGUAUGUAGUUUUUCUUUGAAAGUAAAAAUAGUUGAAGCGUCAUAAAAGACAGUGGCCCCUGGGGUCAGUGAAUCCUCAUGUCUCAUGGUGCUGAGCUCAAGAAAAGUCCACAACAAAAAGUGAAAGGAAUCCUUAUCACAGACUUUACCAAAGUACCAAAGAUAAUCUGAAAGAUACUCACUGAGCGCCAUUUACAGGUGUAAUGAUUUAUCAACAAAAAACAUUUAGUUGUUAAAUGUUUGAGUAUUUUGAUCUUUAUUUUUACCCACUUGAAAAAGUAUAAGCUACUCUUGUAUUUACUGUAGUAAACAGUCAUAAAUAGAAACAAUUAGUUAUUGGAUUUACUAUAAAAUACUGUACAGUAGAAGAAUAAAUGAACACAGUGUAGUAAUUUAUAUAAAAUACUUCAGUAUGAUGCCAUUUACAACAAUUUACGAUAGUCAAUAGAGUAUUUUUAAAUGAAAAGCAGGCCUGAUUGUGUAAGAUUGUGGACAUCUCAGAAAUAAAUAAAACACUCAAAGAUAAAUUAGUUACACACAGAAAAGUAAUGCAGAGAUAUCACAAAACCUCAAAUUGUACAUGAGUGUCAAAUCAGAAUCCUAUUGAAUAUCUGUAAUAAAUGGUAAAGGUGA